AUGACGAAACCCCAAACGCCCCUUUGCACGCCUAGAGAAAAGAACCGCAGAGAGGAACAAGGAGGACCUGCAAACAAGGCCGCCAAGCCCAGCUAUUUAAGCGUCCUGAACCUGGCCUUAACUAGACGCUAUAUUCAAGUUCAACCACAGAGAACAGAAGACUCAUACGCUAGUCGCAAGAUUCUUCAGAAUUUGUUAAUAUAUGAUAGUUUUGCCCAGUAUCUGGUAACGGAGAAGGGUUAUGACAAAGACUUGCUGACUUUAGCUCCAGACAGCUUAGACUUCUGUUGUAAAGGUUUGGUGUUGGACAUUGAAGAAGGAAAUUUCCUGAAACUCGCAGAAGAUGGAACGGUUUUAAGAACAUAUGGAAGGAGGGAGUGGAAGCAUUUUAAUACAGUCAGUGGAAUGGUUUCCCGCUCAGCUAAAUACUAUUUGUAUGAUAAUUAUUUUGACCUGCCAGGAGCUCUCUUAUGUGCAAGGGUUGUGGACAGCUUAGAUCAGCAUGAUGGUCAGAAAAAAUAUGACUUCUGGAAGGACAUGGUGGCUGCUAUCCAGCACAAUUAUAAAAUAUCAGCUUUUAAAGAAGACUGUGGGACAUAUUUCCCAGAAGUGAAAAAUCAUCCAGACAAAUAUUUACAAAGAUGUCCUGAGUCUGUAAAAAAGUGGCUGAAACAACUGAAGAGUGCUGGGAAGAUUCUGCUAUUAAUUACUAGUUCUCACAGUGACUAUUGCAGGCUCCUCUGUGAACAUAUUCUUGGGAAUGAUUUUGAAGAGUAUUUUGACAUUGUGAUUACAAAUGCUUUGAAACCUGGUUUCUUCUCCCAUACCCCAAACCAAAGACCUUUUCGAACUCUUGAGAAUGACGAGGAGCAGGAGGCUCUGCUAUCCCUGGACAAGCCCGGCUGGUAUUCCCAAGGAAAUGCUAUCCAGCUCUAUGAACUGCUGAAAAAGAUGACUGGCAAGCUGGAUCCCAAGGUUGUUUAUUUUGGUGACAGCAUGCACUCAGAUAUUUUCCCAGCUCAUCACUAUAGCAACUGGGAAACCGUCUUCAUCCUAGAGGAGCUUCUAGGGGACAAAGUUACGGUGCCUGCAGAGGCCGAAUCUGAGCCCUUGGAGAAGAAAGGAAAAUACGAGGGAGAUGAGCCCAAAGCUCCUUACUUUGUAUCUAAACAGUGGGGCUCUUUCUUCGUGGACCGAUUGCCAGGCCUGGAAAAUGCAGAGGAAACCUUAGUUCGCACGUGGUCCUGUAAAUGUAUUAGCACUUACAGCACUAUUGCAAUCCCUAGUCUUGAAGCAAUAGCAGAUUUACCACUGGAUUAUAGAUUUACACGAUUUUCCUCAAAUAGCUCAGCAACUGCCGGGUACUACCCAAGCCCUCCAAGAGCACUGCUGCCAAAUGAGGAGUCAGUGACUAUGAAAUAGGUUGGCGUUUUUUCCUUAAAUAACCCUGUGGUCCUUACUUAAACUACUAUCAAAUGCUAAUUGGUGAAAAUGUUGUGUGAUGCUUCAUAAAAUAGAGUGAUGGAUUAAAGCAGACUCCUGUGUAGACUUGUGUUUCACUUGUUGCUCUAGUCCAGCUGGAAUGAGUGAGCAAGGCAUCCUUCUCUCUAAAUCUUCUGACCACCACUACCUUUCAUGAAGUGCUAUCAGCUUUUCCCAUGCACUGCCCAAAGCCUUCAAGAGAAAUGUACUCACCCCAAGUUACAUUCUGCAUUUUCAAGGACAUUUUCAGUACUAUCCCUAUUUCAGGUGAUGCUGUUGCUACCCUAAGCCCCAGGAAAGACAUGAACCAGACCCUCAAGUCAUAUUCCAUUAAGAGUUACUUCGGACCACCCAGGUUCUCACCAUAACUCAGUGUUUUGCAGGCUCUGAGGAAUUUAUUCUCUCAUGGUAACUGUUCUUGGAGAUACAGAAAGACUGAGGCCCAAAGAGAAAGACCCAAAAGGAGACUUGAAUGGGAUUUAGGCAGCUAAAUGACAGUCCUAAAAGCCUUUGUCACAUGCUUCGUAUUCCUGAAAGUGCCUAACCACUAUUCAGCAGUAAGGUUCCCUACAUGCCUUUUCCUCCUCUAGUCUUCAGCACCUCAGGAGCCAGAGCUCCUUUGCAGAAGGAGGGCAACCUGUGUACAGUUCCCUUCUCAGCAUUCUCCACCUCCCUGGGAAAUUCUUCCAAGAGUAGGAAGGAUAUGGCACCCAGCUAUAUAGAGCCAUCUUUGCUAAGUACAGCCUCAGCCCAGAAGAGAAGCAAGAUGGAAGACUUAAACUGAAUAUGUGAUUUCUUAUCAACUAAUUUAACCAAACAGACAUCCUGUUCUCUGCGGGUUCAGUUCCUAAGACCCGAUUCUGCAGCGCUUUUGACAGGGAGCCUUCGGUAACUAAUGCAGGGUAGCGGAUGCAAAAAUGUGUCAAAGAUAGUUGUUUAGUCAGCAGUUCUGUAUAGGCACACUAGCGUGGCAGAGUUUUGGAUAAAUUUCCCUCAAAGUUUAAAGAAAUUUUAUUUUCUUGCUUUCACAAAAAGCUCACAAUAAGAAUUUAUUUUCUGAGGCCUACACAAUGAUCAGAAUGGACUUAACUUGUGUUAACAUUUCACUUGUGUCACCAUAGCACACUCGAUUUUUGCAGCUUCACCCGUUAAAAUAUUUUGUGUCAGAAUCAGACGCAAACACCAUUCCACCUCACCUCAGAGAUGUCAGCCGUUGUUUCCAUACUUUUUUCCUACCUUUGUUUCAUUUACACGGGGAUGUUAUUUUUACAUUCUUGUGGUCCCAUAUACUUAUAAGUAAUAUGCAACAUUUCCAAUUUAACAUCAAGCAUUGGUUUUUUGAAAGGGAAACAUAAAAUAAAUGAGGAAAAAAAUUGAGAAAAACUUUCCUUAAAACAAGGUGGGUGAGGAAGAAAAAGGAAAGUGCCAUUCUCUUCCUCAUAAACUGUACGCUGAAAAUACUUGACUUAAGAAGGUAACAAUAAGUAAUACUUGAGUUUAUUUUGAAAUUUUUUAAUUAGCAUCAGUGUCUUGGGCAGCAAAUCUGGCUCAUAAGGGCAUGAUUUGUAUUAAGCAGAGAGAUACCCAGAUUAAAAUCUCAGAUCCCCAAUUACAGCAUCAUUUGAAAUAAUAACCUGAAUCAAGUACUCCCCUGCAAAUAAUUUCUAACUAGGUUCUGGUCCAAACCAAUAUUGUGUACCCUCACAUUUUGCUGUUCUGAAUUUGGAACUGAUUUUUGUAGGUUGGGGAUUUUUUUUUUCUUGUUUUUUAAAGGAAAUUAAUUAAAAUUGAAUUGUUAGUGAAAAUCAUCUGGGUCAGUCCUUGGUUCCUGGUGCCUCAAUGGAGAAGCAGUAUUUUUUUUAACGGAAAGGUGACAGAUUCUAAGGACAGCCUGAACACAAAGCUCACCAGAACAAAUACAUACACGGAUUUGCUCAACCGGGAAGCGACAUUACCCGUCUCUGACGAAGGCUCUCACCAGCCAUUUGCACUUGCUGCCGGAAGGACCACACAGUAGCAGAGAAAGAAGUGGGUAGCAGCAGAAGGCUACUGUAAGGAUGGUUCCAUGUGCCACCAUAUGCUGGAGGAAGACUUAGGAAAAAUAAUUGAAGCAUUUGCCCAAAAACCAGAGUUGCUGUGAAAUCGGGACUUAACCACUCUUACCAAAGACUCUUCUUAUUCAAGAAUCUCCGAAAAUUAUACACAUCCUAUUACAAAGCAGAGAUUGGCAAUGGAGGAACUUUAGGAGGGCGACCAGUGCUGUGAUGUCAGGAGAGCUUUUGGAAAUGGAGGUGGCAUGGAGACCAGGGAGAAGAAAUGCAGGUGGCAUAAAAUUGGUAGAGCGCUGGCCAUAUUUAAUAAGCCACUGUAAAGACACCAUCUUCUUCCUUCUUUCUCUUUUUUUUUUUAACCUCUGGAAAUCUCUGAGAUCUUUUGGAUUCUGUUGUGAGAGGUCAUGACAGAAAGAU